CCCGAGCUCCCGCUGCUCCCUCCCAGGACACGCCCACCCCCGGCGGCAGCGCUGCUGUGUGCCCGGAUUCCCCAUGGCUCCUCCCCCUCUCCCCGGCCGUCCCCAGACGUCAUCCACUUCGUCACCGUCGAGAGAGAGCGAGAGAGCGGCGGGCUGAGCGAAAACCCCACUUUGUUGUUAUUGUUGUCCGUGCUCCGCUUCUCCCUCCCCGGGGAGCAGCCCCACGUCUGCGCGGUAAAAAUGUGCAUGCUAAAAGCUGCAGAGCAGGUGCCACCAAGCUGACCACAGAAUUUGAAGGUACAAGAUGGAUAAAUGUAGGCAUGUGGGCCGAUUGCGGCUUGCUCAGGACCAUUCAAUACUGAACCCUCAAAAGUGGCACUGUGUAGACUGUAACACUACAGAAUCUGUGUGGGCCUGCCUGAGCUGUGCACAUGUGGCAUGUGGUCGGUACAUUGAAGAACAUGCACUUCGACACUUUCAGGAAAGUAACCAUCCUAUGGCACUGGAGGUGAAUGAACUGUACGUUUUCUGUUACCUCUGUGAUGAUUAUGUUCUCAAUGACAAUGCCACUGGUGACCUUAAACUUUUACGCAGCACAUUGAGUGCAAUUAAAAGUCAAAACUAUGACUGCACAACGCGUAGUGGCCGGACAUUGCGAUCAAUGGUAGCUGUUGAUGAUGCAUAUUCUUCUCCUCAAGGUACAAAGGCACUUCUUCAAAAUGAAGACCUCACGUUUACUGCUCUUUGGCAUCGGAGACAUGCUUUGUUAGGGAAAGUAUUUAGAUCAUGGUUUUCUCUGACUCCCAAAUGUAAACAAAGGUUAGAAGAAGAACGGCUCAAGGAGGUGACAAAACAAAAGAGGGAGGAAGCCAGGAAGAGACGUCAGAUGCUAAAGCACAAGUUAAAAGAAGAGAUGGAAAGCAAUCCCCCAAGAAAGAGUUCCCGCUUGCAACAGCAAUUGCAAACGCCGCCCAAGACGGUAUCUCCAACAUUGCAGAAAAUGCACCAAAAAGCUUCUCCCACCACAAAACAAGAACAAUCAGGACCUACCUCGGAGAAAGCAUGUAAGACAAAGUUAGGUGAUUCUCCAAUAAAAAGGAAACCCACUGUGACCCCUGGGGUGACAGGACUAAGGAACCUGGGGAACACUUGUUAUAUGAACUCUAUUCUUCAAAUAUUGAGUCAUUUGCACGUUUUCCGGGAGUGUUUCUUACAGCUUGAUCUCAAUGAAACUCAGGAGUUAUUAGCAGUUGCAGCCAAUGGAAAGCCAAGAUCGCAAUGCCAGAUACCUCCUCCUUCACAUUACUCAAACACAAGAAUAAAGCACACUAAAGUGGAAAGGUAUUUGGUAAAGCGCCAAAAUUCCUCAUCUGGUCUAAGUGGCGGGGCGUCAAACAGUAGAAACAUGGAACUCAUUCAGCCUAAACCUAGCUCAGCACAUAUCUCCUUAUGUCAUGAGUUGCAUACACUCUUCCAAGUUAUGUGGUCUGGUAAGUGGGCGCUCGUCUCCCCCUUUGCCAUGCUUCACUCAGUCUGGAGGCUGAUCCCAGCCUUUCGUGGGUAUGCACAGCAAGAUGCUCAGGAAUUUCUAUGUGAACUUUUGGAUAAAGUACAACAAGAACUGGAGACAUCUGGGACCAGGUACCCAACCCUGAUUCCCAGCUCUCAGAGGAAACUCAUCAAACAAGUCCUGAAUGUGGUCAAUAAUAUUUUUCAUGGACAGCUCCUCAGUCAGGUCACCUGUCUUGCCUGUGAUAACAAGUCCAACACAAUAGAGCCAUUCUGGGACUUAUCUUUGGAGUUUCCUGAAAGGUAUCACUGCAAUGGUAAAGAGAACGCUUCCCAGCGACCUUGUCUGUUGACGGAAAUGUUGGCUAAAUUCACAGAGACAGAGGCUUUAGAGGGGAAGAUCUACGCCUGUGAUCAGUGCAACACAAAGCGCCGGAAAUUCUCAUCCAAACCAGUUGUCCUUACAGAAGCCCAGAAACAGCUGAUGGUGUGUGGACUACCUCAGGUUCUCAGACUGCAUCUCAAGAGGUUCAGGUGGUCUGGUCGCAAUCAUCGUGAGAAAAUUGGGGUACAUGUUCGAUUUGAUCAAAUACUAAACAUGGAGCCAUACUGUUGUAGAGAAUCUACUGCAACCCUAAAGUCUGAUUCCUUUAAUUAUGACUUGUCUGCUGUAGUGAUGCAUCAUGGGAAAGGAUUUGGUUCUGGCCAUUAUACAGCCUACUGCUACAACCCGGAAGGAGGAUUCUGGGUACACUGCAAUGACUCCAAGUUGUACGCUUGCACAGUGGACGAGGUCUGCAAGGCCCAAGCAUACAUCCUAUUCUACACCCAACGUGAUACUCAGGAGAAUGGACACUCGUCUAACAGGCUUUCAGAUCGGGGCACUCUGUCUACGAGCCUACCGUCCACACCCUGCUAAUGAACACCCAUGAGAAAGUGAAAGUAAAAGGGCAGCUUCUGAA